GUCACUUCUUGGGGCGCAGUUUGUUGCGAGGUUACGCGAGAUGUUGGAACUCCCACCACCUUUCGGCGAGUCGUCAGCGGCUUAGUGUAAACCGCAGAAGCGGGACGACGAGAGCAAAAACAAACCACACCGGCGGGGCGCGUUCCACAUCACUAGCGGUGCUACUGUGUAAGUCCUUGUCCGCCGGCAACAAUGUCGGGCCUGGACUCUAAUCCGUUCGCGGACCCUCACGCGCCGAGCCCGUUUGCUGAUCCCGCCGUCACGCAAGUGACAAGCCGCAGCCAGCAGUCGGGGUUAGGCCUAGAGGACUACAACCCGUUCGCCGAGCCGGCGCAACCGCCGACUACGAGUCCGCCCCAGUACAGGCCUUCUACGGCUACGUCUACAGCAGCGGUCGUGCAACCAGCCGUAAUGCAGGCCGUCUCGGAACCGCCUCCGGCUUACUCCGCGGGCGGCGGCGGCGGCCAGUCAACCACGAUCUCGACGGCUGAGCUUCAGAAACGUCAGGAAGAACUCGAGAAGAAGGCGGCCGAACUUCAAGCUCGGGAAGAGGCCCUGCGCGGCGCGGCUUUCAACGCGCGAGCCAACAACUGGCCCCCGUUGCCCGAAAAGUGCUGCGUGGCACCCUGCUUCUACCAGGACAUCGGCGUGGACAUCCCGCUCGAAUUCCAGAAGAUCGUGCGCACCGUCUACUACCUGUGGAUCUUCUACGUGCUCGUGCUGGUGCUCAAUUUCCUGGGAGGCCUGGCGAUCCUCGUGAAGGAAGGCGGAGCCACCCACUUCGGCUUUUCCAUCCUCUACCUGGUCCUUUUCGCCCCGCUAUCUUUCCUCUGCUGGUUUCGGCCGCUGUACAAGGCCUUCCGCUCCGACUCCUCCUUCAACUUCAUGGUCUUCUUCUUCGUCUUCUUCGUGCAGCUCAUCGUGAGCGUCAUCUACGCUGUCGGCAUCGGCACCACGGGCGCGUCGGGAUUCGUGGUCGCCAUCGACGCGUUCAGCAAGUCCAUCGCUCUCGGCAUCUUCCUCACCAUCGUGGCGACGGGACACGCGGUCAACGCCGCUUGGUCGUGCAUCAUGCUUCUGCGGGUACACCGCCUCUACCGCUCGACGGGCGCCUCCUUCGCCAAGGCACAGCAGGAGUUCACCGCGGGCGUACUUCGCAACGAACACGUCCAGGGAGCCGCCGCUAACGUGGCUGCCGAAGCGGCGCGUACCGCCGUACAGCAGAACCUCGGAAGCCGGUACUGAGGAGACGCCGCCACCCGGAGAAGUCGCCACUGAGACGCCGCUAGCCACCCCUCCUCACUGACACUACAAACGAAGCACCACCUACGCGAUUUUACCGUUUCUCUCCCUUCACUCCUGCGCGUGAUAGUCGCUGUUGCUUGCAAAGAGAAGGUUGCCUAUCUUCUUACUGGACAGAUGAGAGCAGGCGCCCAAAAUUUGCCUUCCCCUCCCCCCCGUGUUGUUCAGCCCUGUGUUGUCACAGACGUGCGUGUUUUUUUUUUUCGUGUUUCUUUUUACCGAAGAAAAUAAACGUACAGCUCUGUUAUUUUUAUUGGAAAAUUGUUCCUGUUGCCCGAGAUGAUCUGUUCGCUGUACUUGAACUGGUACGGUGCGUCAUGGGAAAAAGACGAAACAGCCGGGCUGGCCAGACGAAAGGGCUCUGUCCUUUCGUCUGGCCGACUCGGUCCUUUUUUCUUUUCCUGUGAUGCGCUGUACGAGUUCAAGUACAGCAAACCAACUCUCCCAAUCUUCAAUGCCUGUUUCCCGACCUCCCUCCAAAUAUCCUCUAAUCCCACAGUGGACUGCGAAAUACCCACAUUCGACACUGUUCUGUCCUGCUUGCCGCCAGAAAAAAUGGUUUCGGUGCUUUAAUUUACCACCUCACGUUUUCGAAUGAUGCACGGUUCUUAGAAGUAGAGUUGCUUGUCACGCGAGUUUUUUCCGCCUUUGCCCCGAUGGAGGUGACCGAACGUGCCGCCUCGGUUACAGAACCACAAUCAAGAGUUAGACCAAGUGUUGUCUUCUUGCAUUUGGGUGGAGUGUGUUUUAGCGGUUUCUUCAGGGAAUGUUUGGGGAAAAGUUUUUUUUUUUUUGGGGAGUGAGUUGCUAAUGCUGGUGAAACAGCAUUCCUUCUCUAACAACUUGAUGGUGUGUACACGAAAAAGAUGGCAUGGCAAGUGCUUGUUCGCCAUACAAGUCAAGAGUUGUGUGCAGUUUUGUCUCAGAAGUGCGGACUUUUUUUCUGAGCAUGAAGGGCUAGGACUCGUUUUGAAUGCGCAUUUCUGUGUCAUGUUGCGGCUACUUCAAAAUGCAAGAGUUCUCGUCACUCUCUGGUGGCUUGACUGCAUUGCUUGUAACUACUGUGGCGAAAUCCCGAAGCGCGUUGCUGACCUCUGUCCAUUCCUUUUGUCGAGUUCGAGCACAGCUGACGCGUGCUGAUUAAUGCUGUGCGCUUUGCAACCGCCUGCAGGCGAAAGUCGACAUGCACGCGCCAGCACUGUUAAUUUCCUUGCACGUUUUUUGCGUGGGGAAGCCCCUUGAAGACACUUAGCUGCUGUUUCAACUGGAAUGAAUGCGUUCCUCUUUGAUGUGUCCCGAGCUCGGUAUGAAGCGAGGGUUCAGUUUCUUUUUGUGCGUGUGGGUCCUCUGAUCGAGAAGUGUGCCUCGGAAGAGGUAAUGAAAAUGAAGUCGAUAACAUGUUGAAAUAUAAGGACUAGUCUUUCUCGAAGAACACCUAAGUCUGAGGCAAGCUAUGGCAAAUGUUGCCCCCUCCCCUAAAGAACACCCGUCCUUAACUUCUCUGCGGAAGGAUUCCUUCGCGUUCUGGGGCUCCUUAUCACUUUUAUCAUGAGUACAUGGAUGAGUAAUAACUGUGGUGGUCUUUGGUGAUAAAGCUAUUUCCGUUAAGCCUCUGUGUUUGUUUUUGUAUUGUUGCCAGAUUGGCACUGGGCUGGUCCGGUUUGCCCGUGCUCUUUAAACGGGCCUCCGAUCUUUACUACGGCCACUGAAACGAGAUGCACUCAGAGGGAAUGUGUCCAAAGUAUCUUGUCAUUGCCUUGUUUUGAGCACACAGAGGAGUUAAAGCAAGUGGGGCUUGGAUGACAAAUGCCAAGUUCUUACCAAGGAAGGUUCUUGGUUAGGCGAUGUUGGCAAGUGUUUUUGCAUACCUGUUCCAUUCUAAAUGUCUGAGCUAAACCGAAACGCUUGCAUGUUGGCAAGUCCGGCAUGCCUUUUAUGUCAUUGAUAAGCAUGCCGGAGGGUUUUUAACUUUAAUUUAUCCGUUGCUAAACUGUGUGAUCUCCGAUUUUGUCGUUUAUCUGGCGAGUUGCCUCAGUUUUGUUCCGAUAUGCGAGUGGCUGGGCGAUGAUUGUGCACAGUGAUGUCGUUGCAAUUAAAGCAUGACACCAUAUGGGUUACUUUCGUUUUUUUUUUUCCAGGUUGUACUUACUGCUAAUUGUAGGGCUUGCUACACAAACACGCGCAUGCUUGUGUAGAAGCAUUGAUUGCUUGCAGGUUUUGAAAACACAAAGGCAUUGCACACGUGUGCAAACUGCCGCAUGUGUGAGAUAAAGCAUCUUUUUUUUUUAUUUUAUUGAGCAAGGGUAUUUUCUUUGAUAGCUAGCAUAACUCGAUAAAAUGUCUUUUUUUUUAUAUAUACGCAAGGAGAGUUGUAGAUUGACCUCUGUAAUAGAGGCACUGCUGAAGGUUGAUGGUUAAACACUUCUUUCCUACAUUGCAAUUUUUAUUAUUAUUGUGUGUGUAUAUAGUUUGGGGAAAUUUGCGCAUAUGAUCAAACGUGGAAGAGUGGAAGGGUGCAACAAGCGAUCCUCUUCGCUUUUUUUUUUCCUCCCUUUGCAUGCUGGAUGGCAGCGUGCACUAUAUUGAUAAGACACUUCCCUCAGGAUGGUAGCUUGGUGGAUAUAAAUAUAUAUAUAUAUUUCUUGCCACAAUGUUCGUGUUCUAAUAAAGCUUGAAGGAAGAAA